UGAUAGAGAGAGUGAAAAUGUCUGUGUUAAAGCUCUUUCGUCACAUUCUGAUGCUGUCUGUAUUCACUGGAGCAGCUGAUGGAUAUUAUUAUUACUGGUGGUCACAGUGCAUCUACAGCUCUCCUGAUCUCAGUGACAUGGUGUUCAUUGAUGGCUUUUACUUCAAUAAAUAUCCAUUCCUGAAGUUCAACAGCACUGUGGGGCAGUUUGUGGGGUUCACAGCGUUAGGAGUGAAAAAUGCAGAGAUGUGGAACAAAGAUCCAGCGAUCUUACAGCAAUAUAGGGCUCAAGUUGAUGUAUUCUGCAAACCUAAUGCUGAUCUUAACGAAGCAGCUAUCUAUAAUAAAACAGUGCAGCCCAAGGUGAAGCUCAGUUCAGUGAUGCCGGGCGACAGCAAACAUCCAGCUCUGCUCAUGUGCAGCGCGUACGACUUCUACCCUCAACCCAUCAAAGUGUCCUGGCUGAAGGACGCCGCGGUUGUGACGUCUGAAGUGACCUCCACUGAGGAGCUGCCUGAUGGAGACUGGUACUACCAGAUUCACUCGGAGCUGGAAUACACCCCCACAUCUGGAGAGAAGAUCUCCUGUAUGGUGGAGCACGCCAGCUUCGCCAAACCCAUGAUCUAUGACUGGAACCCGCCGGCCCCUGAGUUUGAGUGGGAUAUCCAGCUGAUAUUCACUAUUGAAUCUGCCACACUGCUGCUGGGAAUCAUCAUAGCAGCUGCUGGAUUCAUCUACUAGAAGAUCAAAUCAAAACGUCUGUAGAGAGAAGAUCCUGGUACCACAUUAAUUUACUCAGGAAUUGCAGGUGCCCAUACUGACUGAAAGGAGCCUCAUCGUGGAGAAGCACAAGCACACACUCUUCAUGACACAACUAUCACACACACUCUUCAUGACACGACUAUCACACACACUCUUCAACUGAUGUUUCACAAUAAAACAUGAAAAUAGAUUAAAGAUGCUGAAAUAUUGAAAUCUUAUUGACAGCAAUGAUGUGAAUGAUUGAUGGAAUGAUGUUGUCUUUCUCCUCUCUUUCUCUCCUCCUCUCCUCCUUCUGCAUUUUAUAUUACCAAUUAAGUAAAUGAUGUAGCUAUAAUUGUGUGGAUGUUUAUGUGUUUAAUAAAACUAAUAUUUGAGAGAGAAAAACGUUUCAGGUUACACAUGUAACCAUGGUUCCCUGAGAACAGGCUAGAGCAACUGCCUGUCUGAAACACACAUCCAAUCUCGGCCCAUGACGUCAUAAUCAUGUGACCUGAAAGUACAGUUGAGCUCAAAAGUUUACAUACCCCUUGCAGAA